GCUCGAGUGCGCAUUUCGGCCACCGUAGUCAUUGUAACUUUUCGUCACUUUCUCUGUCUUGCCCUAAACCGCUUCUUUAUUUUUAAUUUUUAAUUUAUACCGAUCAUGAUUGUGACGUCGCUUUUAUUCCUCGUUUUGUCUGACUUAAUACCCGACGUGACGCCUGCGAUUCACACGCUGAAGUAUUUCCGAACAGCGUCCACUAACAUUGCGAGCUUGCCAGCGUACAUUGAGGUGGGUUACGUGGACGGAGUUGAGUUCAUACACUACGACAGCCAUGGCAAGAAAGCGGAAGCCAAGCAGGACUGGAUGGAGAGAAUCAUCGUAGAUGACCCCGACUACUGGGAGAUGGAAACGCAGAGAAAUUCCGUCAACGAGCACGUCUUCCGAACCAACAUUAAAAUUGCUCAAAAACGCUUCAACCAAACUGGAGGCGUUCACACUCUUCAGUGGAUGUUUGGCUGCGAGUGGAACGAUGAGACGGACGAGACGGAAGGGUGGAACCAGCACAGCUAUGACGGAGAAGACUUCAUCUCGUUGGACACCAAGACCAUGACGUACGUCGCGGCAAAUCCGCAAGCGUUCAUCACCAAACUCAAGUGGGACCGAGACCAGGCCCGAAAAGACUACAGGAAGCAUUCCUACACCGAGAUUUGCCCUGCUUUCUUGAAGAAGCUUUUCAACUACGGUCACAAAGCACUUAUGAGAACAGAGCUACCAAAGGUGUCUCUCCUUCAGAAGACGCCGUCCUCUCCGGUCGCCUGCCACGCGUCAGGUUUUUACCCCUACACGGCCGACCUUUACUGGAGGAAAGACGGCGAGCAGCUCCACGAGGACGUGGGUUACGGCCAGACCCUGCCCAACCACGACGGAACCUUCCAGAUGACGGUAGACCUGAAGGUGACACCCACGGCCGAGGAGGAGGGCCGGUACGAGUGCGUGUUUGGGCUGGCUGGUGUCGAGGACCAAAUUAUCACCAAGCUGGACAGGAGAAACAUCUUGAGCAACACACGCAAUGAAGAGGAUGAAACAAAGAAGAAAAUCAUCACCGUCGUUUCUUCGUUGGUGGUCGUCGCUCUGGUGGUCCUCCUUGUAGCCAUCGUUAUCGUCAUCGUGCGGCGUCGUGAUGGCAAUCGUGACGAUUACGCUGCAGCUCCAAAGGUCGAGUUUUCCAAGAAUGGCAAUGGCAAAUUGAGGAGGACAAAUGUACCCACAGAACACGGCGCGCAAGACGUUCUUAUGAACUCAGCGCACCUUCCAGCGACUGGGCCAGAAGACAACGUACCAGUUUUGGAUUAGCAUCGGGGCUCUUUCUUCAAGCCAUCACAUUUCAGAGAUAGAGUGACGCUUUCACUUUUCAUGUAAAGCAGCUACCGUAUUUUUCCGACUACAAAUCGCUUUUUUUUUUUUUUCAUAGUUUGGCCGGGGGUGCGACUUAUUCUCAAGAGCGACAGAUGGAAUUAUUAUAAGAGCCGCAUCUUCUACUUCCCGGGUUAGCGAAGUUGUUUAUAAGUGACGCAGAGGAUGGAGAUUUUGUUGGAGUUAAUGGUUUGGGGUGAUGCGGAUGGUUCGAUAAACUUAUUUAUGCUAUCGUUAUUUGAAUAACUCUUAAUAUAUUACCUCAGGCAUGUUCUCAGUUCCUUCUUUAUGUAACGUUAGCAUACCCUACCGUUCAGCCUGUUGUUGCCUCUAUUAUUUUAUGUCUGUUCUUGGUGUUUGAUUUUAUCAAAUAAAUUUCCCCCAAAAAUGCGA